GGACUGCUCGCCGUUACCAGGAACACACACUUCUCUGCGCGGCUCUGUCUCCUUGAGACCGUGCGUAAACUUAGAGUGGAAAAUGAACUCUGUAGUGAAGUGUGCGCUCGUCUUCUUUGUGCUCGUCUCUAUCGUUCUUAACAUCGUUCUGAUUGGCAUUCCCGCCAGCAGGGCACCCAAAUGUGCCACUCAGCGCGUCCAACCGCUGCGGGGAAAGCACGACGACCACAGCCUUGUGUUCGCGGACCUCACCCAGGAGGAGUACUCUCAGGUCCAGCAGUACAUGCUCCGUCAGAAAGACUUGGACAUAUCCACCCACCAACUCACCAAACCAUCUGACAAUUAUCUGUUCUUAAUAGACCUCUCCUUGCCAAAGAAAGCUGACGCGCUGGCUUACUUAGAUGGCAACGGUUCCAAGCCAGUGAGGGAGGCGACAGUGGUCGUGUUCCACGGGGCCCAGGGCUACAUCAAGGAGUACCUUGUGUGGCCUCUUCCUAACCCGAAAAAACACAGAGAUGUCACCACAGACAGGUAUAAGGACCGGCUGCCCAUCAAUGCGCGCACGGUCACUAUCGGGGAAUACGGUUUGCUUUUCCAGUUUUUGGAGGACAAAGUUUUUUCCCACCUGAAGAAGCUCCUGAAAGAGAGUUUCAACGCUAGCGGCAAGACGCUUAACGCGUUUGAGCAGAUGCCCCGCGGAGUCCGGUCCGGGGACAGACAGACCUGGAUCGCCUUCCACAGGGAUUUUAGCAGCAUGUACAUCCAGCCGGUGGGCUUCGAGGUGCUGGUUGACCACAAGAGCGUCAACGCGUCCUACUGGGCGGUCAAUCGGCUGCUUUAUAACGGUGUAUACUUUGACACUGUGGCAGAUCUUCAAAAGAAAUAUGACAGUGGCUUGGUCAAGAAGAUAGUAUACAAGGAGUCCACUGAUUAUGGCUCUCUGAAACCCAGGACCAAGCCUCUGCAAGUGGCCCCGCAGCAGUUUUACAUGGAGGGGAAGCGCUUCAGUGUGAACCACAACCAGGUCCUGUACCUGGACUGGAGCUUCGCCUUCGGGUUGAGCUCUCUCACGGGUAUGAGGGUGUUUGAUGUUCGGUUCAAGGGUGAGAGGAUAGCCUACGAGCUGAGCGUUCAAGAGGCCAUGUCGGUGUAUGGCUCCGUGACACCCGGGAUGAUGCUUACCAAGUUUUUUGAUUCAAGCAUCGGUAUAGGGCGCUUCGCGCACGAACUGGUCCGUGGCGUUGACUGUCCCUACGCGGCCACCUACGUUGACACAUAUCGCUACAUCGAUGUCCCAGUCCCCGUCAGAUUCAGGAAUUCGAUCUGCAUCUUUGAGCACAACAUGGGUCAGCCCCUGCGCAGGCACUUCGCGGACUUUUUUCACAACAGUUAUGGAGGGAUGGUGAACAGCGCCUUAGUGUUCAGAACGAUCACAGCUAUAGGAAACUACGACUACAUGUGGGAUUUCAUCUUCUACCAGAGCGGAGCAGUGGAGGCCAAGGUGCACGCCACUGGCUACAUCUCCUCCUCUUACCUGGUGAAUGGCAGUCUGAAACACGGGCACCAGGUGGCGGAAAAUGUCCUGGGAAACAUCCACACCCACUUCAUCAACUUCAAAGUGGACUUGGAUUUAUUGGGAGUGAAGAAUGUAUUCCAGACCAAAGACAUGGAGUUUGUUAACGUGUCUCUGCCAUGGAUGCCUCAUCACUAUGCUAUGGUCCCUCAGCUGGUGGAGAAUCAACUCAAAACAGAGAAGGAUGCAGCCCUGCGCUACAACACCAAGACUCCUCGCUACCUCCAUAUCGCCAGUGACAAGUUGAACCGCUGGGGUCACCAGCGUUCCUACAGGCUGCAGGUGUACAGCUUUACAGGUGACCCCCUUCCAGAGAGCGAGGCUGAGGAGAAAGCCAUGUCCUGGGCCAGGUAUAAGGUUGCCAUUACAAAGCAUAAGGACUCCGAGCAGACCAGCAGCAGUCUGUACAAUCAAAAUAACGUCUGGUCUCCAGCUGUUGACUUCAGCAAGUACAUUGCAGACAACGAAAGUAUUGAAAAUGAGGACCUGGUUGCCUGGGUGACUGCCGGUUUCCUCCAUAUACCACAUUCAGAGGACAUCCCCAAUACGGUAACUGUGGGUAACGGGGGUGGGGUCCUGCUGCGGCCUCACAACUACUUUGAUGAGGAUCCAUCCAUAGACUCUCCUGAUGGAGUGUACUUUGAGCCUACCACAGAGACUAGCUGUGACAACAACAGGAUGGCCUGCCUUGCUAAAGAGCCCUGCAGCCCCGUGCUAGAGCCCUUCACUUACCAUGGUUUUGAUGGAGUCAUGAAGUUUGAGGAACCGGUGUAAUUCAUUGACCACUGCUAGGUAAUUAGCUUCCCAGACUUCGGGAUUUCAGAGAUGGGCUGAUUUAGUAAUCUAUGCAUAAAGACGUAUGUGCCAGUUUGAACAUGAUUAUAGAGGCAAAUUGGGAGGGUUCAUUGUCAGUGCUGCAUGUGUUUUAAAGCUGCACUGUAGACAAGUGAAUGAGUAAAGGAAUAUUUUUGUUAUUUUGGAGAAUAUGUUAAUGAGCUUUUUUUUCUGGCUGUGAGAUUAUUGAUACAACACUAAUACCUGUAUGUCAGACCUAGAAUGGGGAUGUGGUUGGCCUAGCUUAGCAUUAAGACUGGAAGCAGGAGGAAACAGCAAGCCUUGCUCUGUCCAAACCUUUUCAGAUGCCCAUAAAAGGACGGGGAUAAACAUAAAACUUCAGAAAAUUGAAUAAACCAGAAAUAUUUGUUACAAAGUCAUGAUUUUGUUGAGUGUCUAACUAUCCCUCACAGUGAGGGAGCAUCUGCCAAUCAGUUUGAUUGGCAGAUGCAGAAUGCUGUAGACGGGCCGGAGUGUAAGGUUUGACGAUAUCCUGGAUGUAGACUGGACCCGAUCUAUUCUCAGCACGGUAUGCAAGUACUAGUGUUUUGAAAUGGCAUCCACUGGUAACCAUUGAAGUGAACGGAGGAACAAAGUAGUAUGAGUGAAUUUAGGUUGGUUAAAGACAAGUCGAGCUGUUGCAUCCUGGAUAAGGCGCAGAGGUCGGAUGGCACUAGCCGGUAGACCUGUCAGGAGGGAGUUGCAAUAAUAAUGCAUAAGAAGUAUCAUGUUUACAAACUUUUCUAUGCAUUUUACUGCUUUAAGUGUGACAUUCAUUAUGGCUGGCUUUCUUAAGUGCUGGUUACAAUAUAGCAUUAUGCAGACCUGGACUGAGCUCUGGAUAAUAUCCAGAAACUAUCCAAAGAGGCUGUAUGUGAGAAUGCAAUAGAAGCCUCCAGAUAUUCUCCAGUUUUUCUAGCAAUUGGUGAUAAGCUGGUGUGAUUGAAAAUCUCCUGUUGUAUUUUUCAUAUGUGAAGGGAAAACCACAUGAUCUGCACAUUGUUUAUAGUCCAUGUAUAAAAAUGGCUUAUUUGUCAUAUUAUACUUCACUGGAGUAAGAGCUAGAAAAUAGUGCAGUUCCAUUUACCUCAUCAAGAAACAGGUUUUGAAUUGAGUCAUUGCACCAAAAUCAGAAAGUCCCGCUUUAUGCUGUAUGUUUGUUUAUAACUGACCAUUGCAUUGCUCAUUGAGCUUUAGAGGUGCUGUCGGUGUAUUUGAAGUUUGAACAGAAGCAGACUCCCCUGCGUCCUUUCUUUAUUCUGAGCUAGGCUAACCAGGUUCUGACUCCAGCGCUGUACUCAAAUACCUGAUAUCUAUAUAGAUAUUUCCUCUUACUGUUGCAGCUAAAAUAAGUGCCUUUUAAAUAAAAUGGGUAGGUGAUUGAUAAAUUCAUUGCCCAAAGUCAGAGAAGAGUUGUAUAGCUCUUAUUAAAUGCACAUGCAAUACCAAAAGUAGGAUUUAAAGUUUACAACUGAAAGAAAGAAAAAACUUGUUGAAGCACUGUCUGAGAAAGUUGAUAGUUGUGGGCUACUGAAUUCCGACAGAGAGUUGGAAGACAACCCUGAUCCUGGGCAAUAGUUUGAAAAAAGAAUGUGACUGUCUGGUUACAAUCAGGAUGAACAAAACAUGCAUGUAGUUCUAACGUGUCAUGGCUGACAAGAAUCAUGGAGACUGCAAAGAAAACAAUGGUGCUACGUCUUACGUUCUUCAAGAGAGAUAAAAGGUAUUUUUUAUAGCUUAACUAAAAGUCAAGUUGUAUAAAAGAAUGACAGGGCUGGUAAGAAAGAAAUGGCUUUGUGCUUCACUGACCCAGUAUAGCAUCUACAUCCUCCAUAAACCUACACACCGGACCAUUCAUUGUAUGUUAUUUUUCAAAUAGAUGUAGUCCUAAAGCCCAUAGCUUCUGCAGUUAGUGUUACACCUCUCCACUUGAUAUCUCCACUGAUCUCAUAACCUCUUUUGAAGUGACAGUGUAGUGGUUAACUAAAGUGUAUACAUUCUAAACUGACACUGUGCACUUAAAUGGCUCCAGGCUGUGACUACUGAACAACUGACUGUGACUGAUUUUUUCACUUGGUCUGUUUUUCUACUGUUAUCUGGAUUAUUGUAGUGUUGUUGUAUAUUCUCAAAAUAAAGGGCUAUUUGUACUUUU